GAUUAAUUGACCUCCUGUCCCUUACACUUUCUUUCCCCCUCCCCUCUCAUUUGAUGCUCUUUCUGACUCCAAAUUUGACCUUUCCUAGUAAGAGGUCAGUAUGUUUUUACAUUUGGGAAAUCUCAUUCAAGAAUUUUUGUCAAUGGACAAGUCAUAAGAAGCCCUUCCAUUUUAGGGCUCGUUGACGUCACCAAGGAGGCGAUAAAUAUCUGUUGAUAUAAUUGGAUGUGAGAUUCAGUGUUGAGAUAGCAAAACUCUGCCCCUCGUUCUCUGGCAGGGCCCUAUGAUUUAUGCAGGAGCAGAGGCAGCACGCAAUCGAGCUGUCAAGAGAGCGUCAGCUUAUUAGGCAAAUGCUGCGUGGUUUCUGAAGAGGGUCGACGCUAUAAAAUCCCACUCCAGGCUCUGGUGUGGAGAAACUCAGAGCCCAAGUCCGUUGAGAGACUGAAGAGAAAGAUAAGAGGGGAAGAAAAAAAGUGAGGACAGAAAGGAGAAGGGAAGAAAGCCCCUGAAAAAGCCCCGGAGACGUUCCUCUGCUGAGAGGCGGCAGCGCCCCACUCACCUGCAGAAGCACCUCAGAAGCGAGUGCCCUUAACAUGCGGCUGCCCCUGCUCCUGUCCGCGGGCGUCCUGCUGGUGGCUCUCCUGCCCUGCCCACCAUGCAGGGCCCUGCUCAGCCGGGGGCCCAUUCCGGGCGCCCGGCAGGCUGCGCAGCACCCCCAGCCCCUGGAUUUCUUCCAGCUGCCGCCGCAGCCCCAGCAGCCCCAACAGCCGCAGGCUCGGCCCGUCCUGCUCCGCAUGGGGGAGGAGUAUUUCCUCCGCCUGGGUAACCUCAACAAGAGCCCCGCUGCUCCCCUCCUGCCCGCCUCUUCACCUGUCGCUGGCGGCAGCGGCAGCCGCCUUUCGCCGGACGAGGCGGCCGCCAACUUUUUCCGCGCGUUGCUGCAGCAGCUGCCGCUGCCCCGCCGCCAGCUCGACAGCCCCGCUGGUCCCGCCGAGCGCGGGGAGGAGAACGCCCUCGGCAGCCGCCAAGAGACCCCGGAGAGGGAGAGACGAUCCGAGGAACCUCCCAUCUCGCUGGAUCUCACCUUCCACCUCCUCCGAGAAGUCUUGGAAAUGGCCAGGGCCGAGCAGUUAGCGCAGCAAGCUCACAGCAACAGGAAACUGAUGGAGAUUAUUGGGAAAUAAAACGGUGCGUUUGGCCAAAAAGAUGCAGCAUUUAGCACACACACACAAAAAAAAUUAAAAUAAUACAGUAUUCUGUACCAUAUCGUUGCUCUGAUACCAUUUGUUUAUUUUUUUAAAGCUUGAAGCCUAGACGAUGUACAGCAAGAGAGCCUAUACUCCUUAAUUAGCAUGCACAAAGUGUAUCCACGUGCAGUAACAGCAACAAAAUGUUAUUUCUAUUGUCUACUUUCAGUUUCCAUUUCCAGGUGUCUUUAAUGGUGUUUGAAAAGUAUAGACCCAGAAGGAAAUGUUUUGAAGCAGACAAAAGUUACCCGAUUUAUUUUGUUGUGGUCUGAGCCAAAGAGAAUGUCAUUCUCUUGGGUGGGUGAAACAAAAUCUGUAAGCUCUUUGAAUCAACCUUCCUGUAAAAGUUCCAGUAAUAAAACAUCUUUCCAAUCCUUGGUCAAUUUGGUUGUGUAAGACAAUGUUGAAUAUUUAUAUUUUUAAUAAAAGCUGCAAAGGUAA